AUGCCGUUCUCUCAGAAAAACAAUCUGACCAAAUAUCAGCGGACGCGUACGGAUGAAAAAUCGCACCGAUGUGACGUGUGUGAUAAGGCGUUCUCUCAGAAAAACAAUCUGACCAUACACCGGCGGACACACACUGGUGAAAAACCGUAUCCGUGCGACGUGUGUGAUAAGGCGUUCUCUCGAAAAAGCGAUCUGACCAUACACCGGCGGACACACACUGGUGAAAAACCGUACCCGUGCGACGUGUGUGUUAUGGCGUUCUCUCGAAAAACCCAUCUUACCAGACACCAGCGGACGCAUACGGGUGAAAAACCCUACACAUGCGACGCUUGUAAUAAGGCGUUCUCUGAAAAAUACAAUCUCACUAGACACCAGCGGACGCAUACGGGUGAAAAACCGUACACGUGCGACGCUUGUAAUAAGGCGUUCUCUCAAAAAAGCCAUCUGACCAAACACCGGCGGACACACACUGGUAAAAAACCGUACCCGUGCGACGUGUGUGUUAUGGCGUUCUCUCGAAAAACCCAUCUUACCAGACACCAGCGGACGCAUACGGGUGAAAAACCGUACACGUGCGACGCUUGUAAUAAGGCGUUCUCUCAAAAAAGCCAUCUGACCAAACACCAGCGGACGCAUACGGGCAAAAAGCCGUACCGGUGCAACAAUGUGAUGUCAGUGUCGAGUCAUUCGCACUCGUUGUGA